GCAGGAAGAUGAUUGCUGCUUGCUGGAGGAACCCCGGGGAGCUUUAGAAAACAGAAUAACUUUCUCUGAAGACAGACCUUAUCGUCGAAAGUUUCAUCUGAGCUCUUGCGGAGAAGGACUGAAGCAUGCAGGGCCGCGAGGUCGGCUCCAAGAUGCGCUACUGGCUGACGCUGAUCUCGGGGAUGCUGGAGUGUCUGUGCUUUGCUGGUGUGGUGUUUGGCUACACCUCUCUGGUGUUUGUGCUGAAGGAAGACCAGUACUUCAGUGAGUUGUGCAGCAACAACACAGUCAGCAACAGCUCUCUGGUGGAGACAGACUGCAGAGGUCAGGAUGAGCAGUUUUCUCUGGUUUUCACUAUCGCCUCGUUCCUGAACAACUUCCUGAGUCUGAUCAACGGCUACCUGUUUGAUCGAUUUGGCACCAUGGUAACAAGACUGCUGGCAGUAUCUUUGUACACAACUGGAACCCUUUUUGUGGCCUUCUCCAGUGCAGCAUAUUCCUUGAUGCUCUUUCCUGCCUUAUCCUGCAUCGCCGUGGGAGGAAUUCUGCUCCUUAUGACGAACAUUCAGGUGGGGAACCUGUUUGCUGCUCAUCGCUCCACCAUCAUUACUUUCUACAACGGAGCCUUUGACUCUUCUUCAGGAGUCUUCCUCAUCAUCAAGAUUCUACACGAGCGAGGAAUCUCUCUCCAGUCCUCCUUCCUUGCCUUGUCCCUCUGCAGCAUCAUUCACGUGGCGAGGACUUUCCUCCUCAUGCCCAGGACCCACAUCCCGUACCCGCUGCCUCCACGCUACACAUAUGGGGUGAACUGUGGACAAGCCGACAGCUACAACGUGGAGCAGGUCAAGAGGACGAAGGAGGAGGACGCAUCCGGUCAGGGUUCCAGUGGGAAAGACGAAACGGCAAAGUCGGAUGAAACAGAGGUCGAAAACGCAGAAAAAGUGCCGAGCUUCCGGAGCUGUGUUUUGUCCUGGUUCUUCCUCUGGCACCUGUUGUGGCUGUCCAUACUGCAGCUGAGACACUACCUCUUCAUCGGCACGCUCAACUCCAGGCUCAGCCGGCUGGCCAGAAACGACCCCACCCUGGUGAGCCAGUACACCAAUGCUUUUGCAAUGACCCAGCUGUGCGGAGUGUUGUGCGCCCCCUGGAACGGACUCAUCUUGGACAGACACAAGGGAAAGCCUCGAGCCCCGGGAGAAACUGAACAGGACGCUGACCUGCGCUCCUCCUACCUGUCUCUGUUCCUGACUUCACUGCAGUGCCUGUUCUUCUCUAUUUGCGCCACCAUUCCCGUCCUCCCGCUGCAGUACAUCACCUUCAUCCUGCAGGUCCUCAACAGGUCCUUUCUCUACGGCGGAAACGCAGCCUUCGUUAGCAUCGCAUUUCCAUCCCGUCACUUUGGGAAGCUGUACGGCCUGGUGAUGUCGCUCUCUGCUGUCAUCUCUCUGCUGCAGUACCCCUGCAUUUCCCUGGUCAAAGGACCUCUGGAUGGAGAUCCGUUUUAUGUGGAUAUUACUCUCACUCUCCUCUCUGUUCUGGUGUUCAUCCAUCCCGUCUACGUCUUCAUCCACUGCAGGAGAAAAGCCCGGAGCAGGGAGAACAUCCCUCCAACUGAUAUCGGUCCCACUUUGGCUGAAGCUAAACUGUAGAUGAUGGAUGAUUAUAUGUGACAAGUUUAAUAAUUCAAGGUUUCCUCGUUUCCAUCUCAUUGUUUUAACUAGAAAAUAGAAACAAGGAUAUUUUAUAUCAUUUUUAUAAGCAGACAUGCUUUUUUAAAAUGUCUUACAGCAACAAAUGUGUUUUUAUGACUUUGAAAAACACAUUUUUCAAAGUCAUAAACUGUUUAACUUGUUAAAUCCGUUUUAUUGGAAGUUUGAAAAUUUGUUUUCUUUUUAGUGAACGGGUAAACCCUCUGUCAAUUCCAGUUUUGGAGAAUUAAAAGUCUGGAAAUGA